AUGGAGGAAAUAAUAAGAAUACAGAAACCCGUGACAUUCGACGAAUCGAUCGCACACUCUGAGGUUCACGCUCACCAGCCAUUUGCAUCAUCGACCUUUGGGAAUAACGAUGAAAUUCGAAUUUCCGUUCAAAAUCAGAACGAGUGCGUGCUACCGGAAAAAAGCUCCAUGCACAUUCACGGGAAAGUUACAAAAGAAGAUUAUUCUAGGGUGGCCGCUACAAAAUUGGUCAACAUGGCUGUUUGCCAUAUGUUUGAGAAAAUUCGGUACGAGUUGAACGGUGUGGAAAUUGAUCGAAAUAAAAAUGUGGGCAUCACCAGCAUCAUGAAGGGAUACUUAUCCCUCACCCCAGGACAACAGCGCGGCUUGGAGAACACCGGUUGGCUGAGCGUUGCCGAUAUCAACCUGGCCGAUGAUGCUGGAAAUUUUGAUGUCGUUAUACCGCUGCGUUAUCUGCUGGGAUUCGCCGAGGAUUAUUGCCGAGUCGUCGUUAAUGCCAAACAUGAGUUGAUUCUCACACGCGCUAACACCGAUUUAAUUGCUGUACUUCAGACAAACACUACCGAGAAGUUUAAAAUUACCCUCAAAAAAGUCGAGUGGCUGCUGCCCUACAUCAAACUAGCCGACAAGCCGAAAAUCCAGCUACUCAACUACAUCGCCAAGGACUCGGCCAUUCCCAUGAGUUUUCGUUCUUGGGAAACGUACGUGUAUCCGAUGCUGCCAUCAACGACGCGGCAUGACUGGGCGGUCAAGACAUCGACACAGCUGGAGAAGCCUAGAUACGUCAUAAUGGGAUUCCAAACUGCAAGGAAAAACGAGGCAUUGAAAAAUGCUAGCGAAUUCGAUCAUUGUAGAAUAAGAGAUGUGAAACUCUUUCUCAACUCACAGUGUUACCCCUAUGGGAAUUUAAAUCUAGAUAUUUCCAAUAAUCAAUACGCCAUUCUGUACGAUAUGUAUGUCCAGUUUCAAACAUCCUACUACAACAAGGAAGCCGAACCUCUGCUUUCGAAAAAUCAACGCAUAAUACUUCACUUGACACUUCACCGUCUCUCAGGUUUGACUGCCAAUGAGCUGACCCUGGACCCGCAAUCUUAUAUAAUGAACCCUCGUGUUUAUGUUUUGCAGACGAAAAAAAAGCGAUAUCGUAGAGCGGUCCUCAUGCUCACCAAAUGCCGCUACCUCGGUUUACUUGCAACUUGUCAAGCGCAAAUGAGAAAUAAGAAAAAUGAAAUCCACAAAUGUUUGAAAUUGCUUAACAUCAUGGAAUCUGCUUACAAAAUCUUGAAAAAAUCAUCGUCAACAACAGAAAUUCAAAAAUGGAUGACAUUUGGGACAUAA